UUGCGUAUUGGUUUGGAUUGAAGCGUCUCUGUUGGGCACUGGGCUGCUCUCAUCAAUCGUACUGACGCUCGGCACUUGUGUGUGUGGAUCUUCACUCCUUGGAUUGUGAGUUUGAAACAACAGACCCAGGGCAGUGAUUUUUUUUUUUAUUAGAUUCCGCAGUCUCUGUGAGUAUUAGGGGCUACAGCUAGAUGAUAAAAUAUUUUAAAUGCUGAUGAGAGUUUGGCAAAAAAGUGCAACUCGAAUAGAUGUGUCCAACUGCUGCUGGACUUCAGAAGCUAUUAAAACACACGCUGCCCUGCCGGUGUAGCAUGGCCACGCUGCACUGUCAAAACAAAGGAAUAACUAACUAAUAAGAAAGCAAUCAGCAGGAUCACCGUCGUCAGGAUCGAUCGACACGGCUGAUUGAGGAGUCCACCCCAAGUCUCUAAACUGGAGCCUACUGCGAGCAUCGAUUAACGGAUUUGACAGCUCACCUUCAGACAUCUAACAGCCUCAGAGGGAGAAGAUGCCGUUCCACCAUGUAACGGCAGGCCUGCUCUACAAGGGGAACUACCUGAGCCGCUCGCUGUCCGACAGUGACAGCGAUGUGUUGGCCAGCAUCUCUGUUGAGGAGCUUGACGAGAUCAGAGAGGCGUUUAAGGUGCUGGAUCGUGAUGGAAACGGGUUCAUUUCCAAACAGGAGCUGGGCAUGGCCAUGCGGUCUCUGGGUUACAUGCCCAGUGAGGUGGAGCUGGCCAUUAUCAUGCAGAGACUAGACAUGGAUGGGGACGGGCAGGUUGAUUUUGAGGAGUUCAUGACGAUUCUUGGUCCCAAGCUCCUCUCAUCUGAAACAAGAGAAGGCUUUCUGGGCAGCACAAUCGAUACCAUCUUCUGGCAGUUCGACAUGCAGAGAAUCACCCUGGAGGAGCUGAAACACAUCCUGUUCUGCGCCUUCCGUGACCACCUCACCAUGAAGGACAUUGAGAACAUCAUCAUCAAUGAGGAAGAAAGCCUAAAGGAAAACUCUGGCAACUGUCAGACAGAGUUUGAGGGAGUUCACCCCUCAAAGAAGAACCGUCAGACGUGCGUGAGGAAGAGCCUCAUCUGCGCCUUUGCCAUGGCAUUCAUCAUCAGUGUCAUGCUCAUCGCAGCCAAUCAGAUGCUGAGGAAUGGCAUGGAGUAGCUGUGCCCACUGUGAGCUGGAAACAAGCCAGCCUGCAUGUGCAUGCCAGUGGGUGAGGUCGUGUCCCUGUUGAUUGGAAAAGAACUGCAAGGAGCAACGCUCGAAAUAAUCAACGAAAUCUGUUUUUAAAAUUGUUUUUAGUGUUUUUGAACGAGGGCCACGUCUCCACCCGACGUCCAAUAAAACCAUGAAGCCAGCAUGAGGAGUCGCGCAGGACUCCUCCCCCUUUAUUCUGACAGGGACACUCAAGGGCUGACAUUACACAUAACAUACUGUUGUCUCUGUUUCCCUGGUGUAAUAAAAAAUAAAUAAAAAAUCCGACAACGAUGCAGGAGUUAAGAGCUGUUCGCUUUCCCAGCAGCCGAAAGUGAUGCACUUCUGCUGAUCUGUCACCCACCAGAAGACUCACGAGCUAUCAGGGCUGCAGUCUGGCUCCCAGGAGAGAAAGGAAGGAAGGAAAUAUUUGCCCUCUUAUUAGUGCUCCUGAGAAAAGAUGAUGGCAAAGCUUGCCACCACUGAAGCAGGAGGAUCUGUACAGGCCACAGCUUCUCUCACGUUAUAAUACUCCAGCACUCCAUCUAACUACUCUCUCUGGGGGCUAGUAGGUGCUGGCAUCAGUUCAUCAGCCCUAGAAGCCAAUCAGUCAAGCAUCUGAAAUGUUAUAUGGUAACUCUGGGCUUGUCUUUUGAAAGAACAGAGAACAUUGGGAAAUAUGUUAUUUUUUCCUCUUCCUGGACACUGUUGGGUGAACAGUGUGCAGAGUGCGAAGAAAAAGUCCUAUUUACAGAAAAAAAAUCCACCCUCCAAUGCUCUAGGUACUGU